CACAUUCACACUAUACCUACCUAUUAUAUAAUAGAGAGAGAAAGAAGAAGAGAAACACAGGAGAGACACGAUCAAGAGCGUGUGCCUGUGAAUAUGGGUAGACCACCUUGUUGCGGGAAGAUGGAGGUGAAGAAAGGACCAUGGACUCCUGAAGAAGAUAUAAUCUUGGUCUCUUAUAUCCAACAACAUGGCCCUGGAAACUGGAGAUCUGUUCCUUUAAACACCGGUUUGCUAAGGUGUAGCAAGAGUUGUAGACUUAGAUGGACUAAUUACCUUCGUCCUGGAAUUAAACGAGGAAAUUUUACUCAGCCUGAGGAGAAAACGAUCAUCCGCCUCCAAGCUCUUUUGGGAAAUAGAUGGGCAGCCAUAGCAUCAUAUCUACCACAGAGAACCGACAAUGAUAUCAAGAACUAUUGGAACAUUCAUCUUAAAAAGAAACUCGAGUUGAAGGUUCAAAAUGGUAUCACCAACGAAGAUAACACCGAUAUGACAGAGAUUCCCUCUUGUAAUAUUCACAACAAUAGCUGUAAUAACAACAACAACAAAAGAGUCGUCAACAAAGGUCAAUGGGAGAAAAAGCUUCAAACAGACAUAAACAUGGCCAAACAAGCCUUACUCCAAGCCUUAUCACUUGACCAACCAUCUUCAUCGAUCCCUCCAGAUCCCGACUCAUCAGAAACUCAUCAUUCUGCCACCUCUACUUAUGCCUCAAGCACGGAUAACAUAUUUAAGUUACUACAGAACUGGACAAGCUCAUCUUCUUCAAUCCCUAACACUUCAUCACACUCCAUGAACCGGGGCUUAAGCACCGGUGAAGUAGGAGUUCUUGAUCAUCAGUCUUUGUUCUCAUCGCACUCAGAAUCUGGAUCAGUUGAUGGUAAGUUGAAUUUGAUGACGGAGACAAGUAUGUUCAAAGAUGGAAGCGAACCUAACGGUGACAUUGAAGCAACUACCGAUGCUACUACUGAUGAUCAUGGCUCCUUGUCUUUGAUCGAGCAAUGGUUAUUUGAUGAACAAGGUAUAUGUCAGUGUGAUGGCAAUCAAGAAGAUCUGAUUGAGGUUUCUUUUGAAGGUAUAGAUAAUGAUAACAACGAUCAAGAUUUGUUCUAAGAACAAAAAAAACAUGUACCAACUCCAAAAUGAGGUUGCACUUUGCACCUACUUCGAACCUUGUCUGGGGGGUAGUGGGGAGAUCUAUGUAUCAUAGGUUUACUGUCUUUAUUUAGCUGGAUUUUAUUUUACUGUGUGGCUUGCUUGCUUGUUUUUUUUUCUGAACAUUGUGUGGCUUGCUUGUUGUCAAGUAGAUGAAAAUAAAAUUGUGAACUGUGUUCUACUUC